AUGAUUCUAGCUGAACGUGCACUUGAUACAAUGAACUUCGAUAUACUACGUGGUCGUCCAUUACGUAUAAUGUGGCCUCAACGUGAUCCAACUUUAUGUAAAUCUGAUGUUGGCAAACUAUUCAUCGAAAAUUUGGAUAAAAGCAUUCAUAAUAAAUCACUUUAUGAUAUAUUUUCGGAUUUCGGCAAUAUUUUAUCUUGCAACAUCAUGGCUGAUGAAAAUGGCCAAUCAAAAUGUGUUGGUUUCGUUCAUUUCGAAACACAAGAAGCAGCAGAUAGUGCUAUUCAUAAAGUGAAUGGUAUGUUACUUGCUGAUAAAAAAAAUGAAGAAAAUUUUCGUGAAUUGUUUUCCAAAUAUGGUAAUAUUACAAGUUUGAAGCUUCCUACUGAUGAUAGUGGUCAUUCCAAAGGUUUUGGUUUUUGCAGUUUCGAUACUCCUGAAGAAGCCAAAGAAGCUGUUGAAAAUUUAAAUGGUUUUACUGUAGGUGAUAAACAACUUUAUGUUGGCCGUUGUGAAAAGAAAAAUGAACGUUUAUCUGAAAUAAAACGUCAAAAAGAAUUACAACGACAAGAACGCUUGAAUAAAUAUCAAGACGUUAACUUAUAUAUUAAAAAUUUGGAUGAUACUAUUGGUGUUGAACGUUUAAGGAAAGAAUUCUCAAAAUUUGGAACAAUUACCAGGGUCAAGAUUAUGUCAGAAAAUGGUCGACCAAAAGGUUUUGGUUUCGUAUGCUUUAGUGCACCCGAUGAAACAACAAAAGCCAUCAAAGAAAUGAAUGGUAGAAUGAUUGGCUCUAAGCCACUCUAUGUUGCAUUAGCACAACGUAAAGAAGAACGUCGUAUGCAUUUAACAAAUCAACACAUGCAACUUAUGACCACAUCGCAUGUACAUCCACCGAUGCAAUUAUCAGUCCCAAGUAAUGCCCGUGUUAUGAUGUCUUAUCCACCAACAUUAUUGCCGGAGUAUCGACGAGCACAACCACGUUGGUCAUUAGCUGCUCCAAAUAGUGGCAUGACACCACCAUCAGGUGCACAAAUGAUCGAUAUGGAAAUGCCAGAAACAGAUAUGGUUGUUAUUGUAUCUCGCGCUGGCAUGCCAGUAUCUGCUCGACCAACGCCAGGUCAAAUGAUGCCUAAUAAUUCUGGUAGGCCACAAGGAGGCAUGCAACAACAACCAGCAACAGCAUAUACUCGUACGGCUAGAAAAACGCCGCAGAGUAAUGCAGGUGGAUUCAGAAAUUCAAUUGUUGUUCCCGGACAAAAGCCAUUAACAUCUGCUGCUCUUGCGAAUGCAGCAUUAGAAGAACAAAAACAAAUGCUAGGUGAACGAUUAUUUCCUUUAAUUCAACAAAUGCAUCCAGAUUUAGCCGGUAAAAUAACUGGUAUGCUUCUCGAAAUUGAUAAUACAGAACUCCUUCACAUGCUUGAAUCACGUGAAUCACUCAAAUCUAAGGUUGAAGAAACUAUCGCUGUACUUCAAGCUCAUCAAGCUAAACAAUGCUUUGCAGCUAAACUAGCCGUAAAUAACUCAGUUGCCUCAUAA